UAUAGUUUUAUCUCCACUGCUCGUUGUGACGUGAAAAGGAAACCUGCAAUUAAAGUCCUCGCCUCCGACGAACUCAGUCCCCAACUCCCAUGGGUAUUACUCAUACUUUGCUUUCCCUUAGACUUACCCCUAAGCCUAGCCUGGACUAUUCCCUUCCCCAAAGAAAUCCUACAAGAAAUAGGCUACUUCAAAAGACCACACCCUCUGCACAGGCUAAGGGUGCCCCCAGUUGACGUCAGGAAGGUAAUGAGUACACGUAAAACGUCCAACUUCUUUUUUCCUUCGGAAUAUUCGUAACUGCGUGACCCGACAUUUUACGCACUGGGCAGUUCUAUAUUCUUAAAACCAGUUCUAUUGACAAAACGUACAUUUUAGACCUUGAUGUAUAAGGAGACUUUUUCAAAGUCAUUUUUCGUUCUAAUGUGGCAGACAUGAACGGCAGUCGAGGAUUAUGUGUUUCCGUUCUAGUGGGAUUUUUACUUGUUGCCGUGCCGCCAUGUUUAGCAGGGGAACCAGACGGUUUAUUAUCGGUAACAGAGGUUCUGGGAGAGUACUGCGAAGGUUACUACGACGAGAAUAAGGACUACCACGAAGGUUUCCAGUGCAUGGUGACCCAUGAUACGUCUGACGAGCUCUCGUGCUGUGGCACAGCUACAGACAAGUACUGCUGCGAACCGGGGUUCUUCAUCAACUCACUCACUAUCGGCAACUUAAUCGGCAUACUGAUCGGCGUCUUCGUCAUCGUAUCACUGUGCGUCAUCAUCGGUUGCUGCUGCUGUUCCUGCUGCCUCUGUACCGGCAAUCGCCUGUACACCGACCGUCACCACCCCCACCACCAUCACCAUCAUGACCGGAGGAGGUCAGCUCGGUACAUGAUGUCGGCGGAGGGACUGCGGGCCACCCUGCUGCGAGGGAGGAGGAAACGGAGGGCCCCAAAUGCUGAAGGUGGGUUACGUGCCUCGCCAGCACCGUCAUCAACAUCAAGCCAACAACUUCCUACUCCACCGCCUCGUCACAACCGGCCAGCCCCGACCCAACCACCCUAUCCACCCCAACCCUACCCUCCAACGCAACCAUACCCACCCCAAUAUCAAUACCCACCCCAGCAGUAUCUUCCCUACCCAUCCUACCCACCAGGCUACCCGCCAAAUGCGAACUACCCUCCCCAGCCCUACCCGCACCCAGUCCCUCGGAUGGUGCACCAGGGGUCUGCUUACCCGUCCGCCGAGGACGCACCGCCGGCGUUUUCGGCACCCCCACCUCCGUACACGGAAUCUAUUAAAUACCAGAGGCAAGCACCACCACCGUUACUUGACACGCAAGCAUCUUCCCACCCCUCAUCGACAACAGAGGAGUAUCCUUCCCCCUCUGCCUACCCACCCCCUCCUCCGUCCCCUAGAUACCCACCCCCACCACCACCCUCUUCGCCAAGGUUCUCAGACACGGCGUCCUCCUCUGAUCAUGCCCCGCCAUUGCUGGACAAGCAGGCUGCUUCGGCGAGACGGUACCCCGGAGUUGCCUACCCACCCCCGACACCGUCGAGGAGGGGUCCCCCAUCGGCACCACCCGAAGAGGACGUCUCGCCACUUCCAAGAAAGAUGUAACUGAGAAAAAAAACUAAUCUUCAAGACAAUGCCGGUUUCAGCAUACCUCCAAUGGAUUUACCAAGAAUGCCCUAUCCUGAAAAUUCCGAUAUUGAUUUUGAAGAACUUUCCCAAGCAAUACUUCUUUGUGUGUUUUUUCUGGAUGCUUUUCGGACGGACAGUAUUGCUGGUAUCCUGUCAUCAGUUAACAUAUGAGAAUAUAAACUAAGAACCUGCGAAUCUUCUUCCAUAUUGUCAGACAUCGACUCUGAUUCAUAAAACACUCAUUGCAGAGGAAAUGUCUUACCUUUGUGGCGUUCUUAAGACAGUUUUGAGAGAAGUGAGUGGUUGGGAAAACAGGUAGACUAAACUGUUCUCAUGCUUUAUCAACUGAGUAAUUUUAUGAUUGAAAAUUAGCUCUUUUUGUUACCAAUUUUGAUUGGCUAUAAGAUUAUCACAUGAUCAAACCACGAGCGGCGCAAUGUUUUGUCAAUGACAAUCUGGCGUGUAUACCAAAUCAACAAAGAAGCCUGAAAAAGAGAAUCGAGCAGUCAAACCCCGAAUUAUUGAGGAUAUUUUUCGCUUUAUAAUACAACCAAACAGAGACAGAAAGUGAAGUUAUAUUGGAAGUUACAGAUUCUAUUAAAGUCAUUCUUUUGCAUGACCAUAGCU